AUGGACUUCCUCAUCCGUUUCUCUCAAUCCCAUGAAACCUUUCGACUCCCUGAGAUUCAGGCAUUGGCUGUCAUUGAAAGGGUGGAUUUGAAAAUCAUCUCGUAUAGUCUUGAAUCGCCCUUUUGUAUCGUUCAACUCCCAUCAGAAGAUGCAGCACGGCGUCUCGUCCGGCGCUCCAUACUGGUCAUGUCGAUCCAUGAGCUUUGGGGCCACGGACCGGAUCUCAAUACAGUUCACAAAGCUGUGAAGACAUCAACUCAACACCUGUGGUCGCUCUACAAGACAUGCUCCUUCAAGUUCACCAUCGAUUCUUACCAAGGGUCUCGCUCGGCUGAGGACAAGGUCCGCAUCAUCAAUUCUUUCGCUUAUCUAGGCUUUGAAGGCCCCAUCCGUAUGCGUGGCGCCGACGAAGAGUUCGUGCUACAUGAGGACUGGCCCUAUAAUGCCACCCUUUUGGGUAUCCCGGACCCAAAGCACUAUUACUUCGGCAGGCGCCUAGCCAAUGGCGCUCGGGACCUUCCUAAGAAGUUGGAUCUCAAGAAACGUCGGUACAUCAGCACGACUUCAAUGGAUGCCGAAUUGGCCCUAGUGACGGCCAACAUGGCGCUGGCAGCCCCUGGAAAAAUCAUGUAUGACCCAUUUGUGGGGACGGGCAGUUUCCCGAUCGCAUGCGCACAGUUUGGUGCUCUGACAUUCGGAAGCGACAUCGACGGGCGGAGCAUCCGGGGUGACGAGAAGAAGCGUACUCUCAAGGCAAACUUUGAGCAAUACGGUCUGUUGGCUGGCUUGGGAGGGAUGUUUACGGCAGAUCUGACGAAUUCGCCAAUCCGCAGAACUGAACUGCGGUAUGAUGGUGAUGGUGUCACAGGGAGGUUGUUCGAUGGAAUUGUUUGCGAUCCGCCCUAUGGUGUACGGGAAGGGUUGCGCGUGCUGGGAGUGAGAGACCCGGAAAAGAGCCCUUGGGUCGAAAAGAAGGGGAGGGAGAUGUAUAAGAAUCCGGACUUUAUUCCUCCUAAGAAGCCUUAUAGCUUCUUCAACAUGUUGGAUGACAUACUGCAUUUCGCAGCUCAAACUCUUGUCGACAAUGGGCGGUUGUCGUUUUGGAUGCCGACAGCCAAUGACGAGAAUCAAGAAAUUCCCGUGCCAACACACCCCUACCUCGAGGUUGUCUCAGUCUGCACGCAAACGUUCAACAAAUGGUCUCGGAGACUAAUCACAUACCGCCGCAUCCCCGACCGAGAAGUCGAUCCCGAGGCAAUGAAGGCACGGCAGCGGAGAAUAGAGGUUGGGAAAACGGCUGACGAGCUAAACCCGUUCCGUAAGGCUUACUUCACUAAAUUCGAGUCGUGA